AAGUGUACCCGCGCGCGCCUGGAGGACUUGCUAAAACGGUUCGCUCUCUGUCGUCGGGGCUGCUUCUCGGUGGGCAGAGGUAGGCGCCUGCUGGUACUGUAUAGGAAAGGGGAAUGGGGCGGGGGGUGCUGAGGUUUGCUGAUUUUGCUAGGGAGCCAAUUCCUUGCUUGGAUUGGGCCUCAGAGACAUUCCUGUCUGUCUUUCUAUGCAAACUUCCCCCCCCACUUUCUUAGUGAAAGUUUAUUUUCUGGGUUCCUUCCAUCGUCUCCUCCCUCUUUGCAUUUCUUGUUGCGCUUGCUCCAGAGAAAACAUGUGGCUGUAGUAUAAAUCUGCGUCCAUAACUAAUGCAAUUAGUAACUUGGCAGAGUUUGCUACCCUGAAACUUAAUUGGGGAUAUUAAGAAGCCUCCAGUGGCACAAUGGGGUCCGUGUGUCUGGCUGUUAACCAAGAGGAUUUGUGGCUUGAUCCCGCUCAGGGAUGGCUGUGGGCAGGAUUCAUGCAUUGCGGGGGGUGGGGUGGACUAGAGGACCCUAUGGGUCCCCCUUCAAGCUCUAUGGUUCUCUAAGGGCUCCAUUUGUUCCUAGGAGUCUGCUCUAGAAUGCCAUGCCAUAACCCUAUAUCUUCCACCUGCUCAAAUUAUAUUUAGAUUGUAAAGAGUUAGGGCAAGGUUCUACAGGAGCUUCUGCAGAUGAUAAGAGAUCUUCUGGUGUUUGGAGGUGGGUGAAGGGUGUUGUAAACAAAAAUCUGCCCUUUUUCCCUUAUGGGGUAUCCAAGAGCCCAUGUAGAGUCCUUACGUAGGUUCCCUAUUGGUAGGAGAAAAUAACAGAGGCCAACCAGAGAAUAUUGAGAAGCAAAGCAGCUAGUAAGCCUGAUCUUUAUUGAUCUGUUGCAGUAUGGUCCUCACCACACGCAGGAGGGAGGAGGAACCCAGAACAAUGGUGUGCAAGCCCGUAUAUAGACUUUUGAAAUUGCCACCCUGUAGAUCAAGACCACCCCCAGAUACAUCAUACCUACAUCACAGAAGGGGUGGUCUACAGCAGAAAUCUUGAGUGAGUUGUUUACCUCCUGUUUGCCAGGUUAUCUGUUAAUGCUUACUUGAUUGGAUACCCUGGGGAGCCUGGCCAGUCUUUUGUAAUGAUAAAUACUUCGUUCCUGAGCCAGGUCACAGGCUCACACCCUAUUCAUAUCUUAAAUGUGCCCUUAAGACAGGAUUUGUGUGGAAAGAGACAAUGGGGAGGUUUCCCACUUUGACCUUGCAGAGAAAUAGAGGUCAGUUUGGGAAUCAAAAAUGGUUUCAGGUCGGUCUUCCUGUGCUGAUCUAUGUACCUGCUUGGUUGGUACACUUAUGAACAUUUAACAUAUAUCUAAGGCCUCAAAAUUCCUAUCACAAGGGCUACUUGAAGGCUUUGCAAUACUGUAUAGAUAGAAGGAAGAGACAGACAGACGGGGGGGGGGGGGUUAGGGGCCCAGCCAUAAGAGAGAGAGAGAAAGGGUCACAAUGUUUUCUGAAUUAACUUUCUUCCUCCCGCAGGAGGUGCAUAGUUCCCAGAGUCUUCCACUGCAUUGGCUUGACAAAGAAUGGCUGCUGCGGUGGAGACAAAACAGGUGCGAGAAUUGUUUGAGAUAGCUGACGAUGAGUCUCAUAGCAAGUUGGAAAGUGGAAACAGCACUUAUCUCGGGGGCCCUCCAGAAAUCCUUUUUAUUCUGUGUUCAUUCUGUACCACUGUACAGCAUUAAAUACAGUGGUACCUCAGGUUAAGUACUUAAUUUGUUCCGGAGGUCCGUACUUAACCUGAAACUAUACUUAACCUGAAGCACCACUUUAGCUAACGGGGCCUCCCGCUGCCGCUGCGCCGCUGGAGCCCGAUUUCUGUUCUCAUCCUGAAGCACUAUUUCUGGGUUAGCGGAGUCUGUAACCUGAAGCGUAUGUAACCCGAGGUACCAUUGUAUUAAAAACUUGCCUAAACAGAGCUACCUUCAGAUGUCUUUUAAAGAGAAGAUAGCUGCUUAUUUCCUUCACAUCUGAAGGGAGGGCAUUCCACAGGGCGGGCGCCACUACUGAGAAGGCCCUCUGCCUGGUUCCCUGUAACCUCACUUCUCACAAUGAGGGAACCGCCAGAAGGCCCUUGGAGCUGGACCUCAGUGGCUGAACGAUGGGGGUGGAGACUCUCCUUCAGGUAUACAGGACCGAGGCCAUUUAGGGCUUUAAAGGUCAGCACCAAGACCAGUGGGCAGACAAGUGGGAGGCCGGGCAGGGAGGCUGGCGCAAGGCCUGCCUGGGAGCUGAAGGGGAGCCUUUCUACCAUGCAGGUGUGGCAAUACCCACUGCUGCCUCCCAAGGUAAGGUGCUGGCUUCAUGUUCACCUUUGGCCAGACUCCGUUAGGCCACUAAAGCUGGGGGCAUCCUCUUCCCAGGUCCCUGUGGGGCAGUGUGAGGAGGCACCUCUCUUUGGGGCAGGGGGGCAGAUCAGAGACCGGGGCAGUAGCACCAACCAGUUGCCGGAGGACUCCCAAGGAGAGGGGAGAGGAGAGGAGGCUGGGGGAAUACCCCACAAGGGAGAGUGUUCAAAAAAGGGUGAGAGGCUGCCAGCUGGGCAGACAAGGGGUGGCGUAACUGGGCUCCCAAGCCCACAGGGGUGCCGCAGAAAGAAUGUAGUCGGUUAAGGAAGCCGUGGACUCAAAAAUGUUGAAAACCUUUAGACUAAUGGUAUAUAUUGCAACCAUUAAGCUCAUUACGGGCAAUAUAAUUAAAUGCCUGGGACACUGUUGUGCUUGAGUCAUUUGUCAUCCCAUCUGGGUGAUUCUGCUGGCUGGCGCUGCAUUUUUUUUACUUUGCUGGAAGUGCUGUUGGGCGAUGGAUUUGUGGUGGUUUCAAAUGCCACAAAUAUCUGACGACAACAACAACCUUAUGAGGUAGGCUAGGCUGAGAGACAGUGACUGACCGAGGUCACCCAGUGAGCUUCAUGGCUGAGUGGGGAUUCGAACCCUGAUCUCCCUGGUCCUAGUUCAGCGUUCUAACCAUGAUGUCACACUGGCUCUCAGAUCAGUUGCAGGGAACCUUUGGCCUUCUAGAGCAGGGAUCAGCAAACUUUUUCAGCAGGGGGCCGCUCCACUGUCCCUCAGAACUUGUGGGGGGCCGGACUAUAUUUUUUGGGGGGGGAAUGAAUGAAUUCCUAUGCCCCACAAAUAACCCAGAGAUGCAUUUUAGAUAAAAGGACACAUUCUACUCAUGUAAAAACACGCUGCUUCCUGGACCAUCUGCGGGCCGGAUUUAGAAGGCUAUUGGGCCAGAUCCGGCCCCCAGGCCUUAGUUUGCCUACCCGUGUUCUAGAGGUUGCUGAAAUGGUGAUGAAACUACAGAAAAUCCAUUGCAAAUCUCCCAGCUUUUAAGUGUGGCCCCAGACCGGCGGUUGCUUUAAAAGUUUCCUUCUUCUUUUAGGAGCCUGUGGCUUUUGAGGAUGUGGCCGUGUAUUUCACAAAAGCAGAGUGGGCUCUGCUGGACCCAACGCAAAGAGCCACCUACAGGGACGUCAUGCUGAAGAGCUAUGAGAAUGUGCUUUCUGUGGGUGAGCAUCCCUUGUUUGAAACAAUAGGUCUGGCCACAGAGACAUGCCCCCCCCCCCCCCGCUUCUGCUUAAAAACAACAACACUUGAGGCUGGUGAGGAGGGCAGGUGUUGCAGUGCUACCAUUGGAUUAGUGUGAUAGGCUCUACAGGUGGCUGCAUUUGAAAAAACAUCUGGAAACUAUAGCUGGUCCAGGAUGUGGACUCCUAUACAGUGGAUGCUCAGGUUGCGAACGUGAUCCAUGCGGGAUGCACAUUUGCAACCCGCAGCGGCACGUCUGUUCACGCAUGGGUUGCAAUUUGGCACUUCUGUGCAUGUGCAAAGUGCGAUUUAGUGCUUCUGCGCAUGCACGGCCGCCGAAACUCGGAAGUAACCUGUUCCGGUACUUCCGGGUUUCGGCAGUCUGUAACCUGAAAAAGCGCAACCUGAAGCAUCUGUAACCUGAGGUAUGACUGUACUUGACCCUUGCCUUGCAACAGCUGGCGCGGGUGGGCUGGUUGGAUCUCAGGGGUUAUAAAAUGCCUCUUUGCAGCAAUAGGUGAUCCCACGCGCACAUUAGGAGGCAGAUGCGUGAUUGUGCUUGCAAAUGGUGCGUUUGUGCAGUGGGGGUUACCCAUGAUCUGUGGAGUCUCCGUAACAGAGCCAUAGUGUUGGAACCCAGCAUGGGCCUGAUGCUUUAAACAAUAACAUCCUCAUUAGUAGUAAUUAUUACAUUUACAUUUCCCACCAAAGGAUCUCAGAGUGGCAGGCACAAAAAUCAUAAGAAAUGUGAACAUCUAAACAUAAUUCCAAUACACAGACGCAGACUGGGAAAUAUAUCUACAGUUGUACCUUGGAUCCCAAACGCCUUGCAAGUCGAACAUUUUGGCUCCCAAACGUCGCAAACCCGGAAGUGACUGUUUUGGUUUGCAAACGUUCUUUGGAACCUGAGCAUUCGAUGGGGUUCCGCGGCUUCCGAUUGGCUGCAGGAAGCUCCUGCAGCCAAUCGGAAGCCGCACUUCGGUUUCCAAAAGUUUUGGAAGUCGAACAGACUUCCAGAACGGAUUCCGUUUGACUUACUGAAAAGGCUUGUGGGAAGAGUAAGUUCUUCAGUAGGGUACCAAGAAGACUACAGCCCCUGUUUACCAUUUAACAGGAGGGAAUUUCAAAGGGUAAUAAUAAUAAUAAUAAUAAUAAUAAUAAUACCCUCCCCAUCUGACUGUGUUGCCUCAGCGACUCUGGGUGGCUUCCAACAGAAACAUAAUUAUCAAACAUUAAAACCAUCUGAUAUAGGGCUGCCUUCAGAUGUCUUCUAAAAGUUGUAUGAAUACUUAUCUCCUUGACAUCUGAUGGGAGGGCGUUCCACAGGGCAGGUGCCAGUACCAAGAAGGCCCUUUGCUUGGUUCCCUGUAACUUGACUUCUCACAGUGGGAGAACCACCAAAAGGCCCUCGGAGCUGGACCUCUGCGUCUGGGCUGAACAUUGGGCAAGUGCCACCACACUAAAGGUCUAAUUCCUAUAUCUUACCACCUGAUAGACGUGGGUGGCGCUGUGGGUUAAACCACAGAGCCUAGGGCUUGCAGAUCAGAAGGUCGGCGGUUCGAAUCCCCGCGACGGGGUGAACUCCCGUUGCUCGGUCCCUGAUCCUGCCAGCCUAGCAGUUCGAAAGCACGUCAAAGUGCAAGGAGAUAAAUAGGUACCGCUCGGGCAGGAAGGUAAAUGGCGUUUCUGUGCGCUGCUCUGGUUCGCCAGAAGCGGCUUAGUCAUGUUGGCCACAGCUGUACACCAGCUUCCUUGGCCAAUAAAGCGAGAUGAGCGCCGCAACCCCAGAGUUGGUCACGACUGGACCUAAUGGUCAGGGGUCCCUUUACCUUUACAUAUCUCUUGAUAAGAUGGUAUCUGCAGGAAGCCCUCGACCAUUUUAAAGUGGUUUGAACUCACCCUGGGACCUUGUGGUGAAGGCUAAGAAAUCUAACUAACAAUAGGAGUUCUUUUUUCCGGUAACAUACCAAAACAGGCUAUGUUUCCCCCCCCCCCCCACGCUCUUGUUUUUUCUUCCUCUCAUGAGCAGGACUUCACCCUUCGAAACCAGACCUGAUCUCCGCCCUGGAGCGAUGGGAAAUGCUGUGGGCACCUGAUCAGCAGGAACACAAGGAGCAUGAGAUCCCACCAGGCAGUAGCUCAGGUGAGCCAUUUCGAAACAGAAGCUGGCAAGGAGCCAUUCGGAACUGGGCCAAUCGCAGUGCCACGCUAGAUCUUUAUGCAAGCCUGCAGGCUGCUUUGUGUUCAUUUUGCACAACGUGCCCCUCACGGGGAGGGAAAUAGUGCUAAAAGUCCAGUGCUCCUGUUUGUCAUUGAAAUUCUACUCAAUAUUGAUCCAGAGCAGAUUCCAGCGUAUAGUUAGCAGAGUAAAAACUUAAACACUUUGCAGGAUUCCCAAAAAAUAGACCAGAGGCAAUUGUAUUUCAUCCUUCAGAGCUUUACUGCUACUGAAAGCUAAUGAGCAUAAUGGGCACAAAUCCAAUACAUUCAGGAUUGGCACUGUUCAUAAGAAAUCCAGUUGCCGCAGACUUAACUUAAACUUAUAAUAAGCUAUUAGAAGACUAAACCUUAACACUAUCUAUAUACAGAACACCACACCAGAAGGAAAAGAGAUAGAAAGAGAAAGUGAAACCAGGCUCCUUCUGGCUUUACUUUUACAGUGGUACCUCGGGUUAAGAACUUAAUUCGUUCUGGAGGUCCGUUCUUAACCUGAAACUGUUCUUAACCUGAAGCACCACUUUAGCUAAUGGGGCCUCCUGCUUCUGAGCCACUAGAGCACGAUUUCUGUUCUCAUCCUGAGGUAAAGUUCUUAACCCGAGGUACUAUUUCUGGGUUAGCGGAGUCAGUAACCUGAAGCACAUAUAACCAGAAGCGUAUGUAACCCGAGUUACCACUGUAUAGUCAGCGUGACCUUGGUAGAAGAGAUAAGAGAACCAGUUUAAGCCAACUUCACUCAGCUUCUCGGAAGGAAUAAUCCAAACAUCAUGGACCACCUGCUUGUUUCUUUCACACAGAGAAGCUUGCAGAAUUAAGUAUAAUAGGAAAGAUCUCUACACAUCAGAUCAAUACUUUCUGCACUAAGAAAUGCAAACUGACACUUUUAGCAUUCCGGCUCUAUCUGGAAUAGAUUUUGGUCAGGGGCCCUACAUGCUGCUGUUUCUAAAGACUGUUUAGAAACUUCUGCUUCAAUAAUAAUAAUAAUAAUAAUAAUAAUAAUAAUAAUUGUUGUUAUUUUAACACACUUGGUUUGGGGCCCCCCAAAUGUGGCCUGGCAGCAUCAGGUGGGGAAGCAAAUCAGGUCUGGAGAUAAUUACCGUAUUUUUUGCUCCAGAAGACUCACUUUUUCCCUCCUAAAAGUAAGGGGAAAUGUGUGCGCGUCUUAUGGAGCGAAUGCAGGCUGCGCAGCUAUCCCAGAAGCCAGAACAGCAAGAGGUAUUGCUGCUUUCACUGCGCAGCGAUCCCUCUUGCUGUUCUGGCUUCUGAGAUUCAGAAUUUUUUUUUUCUUGUUUUCCUCCUCCAAAAACUAGGUGCGUCUUGUGGUCUGGUGAGUCUUAUAGAGCGAAAAAUACAGUAGUCCCUUGGAAGGAAGAUUGCUCCAAGUCCCAUGUGAGAACAGGGCAUCUGGGCUGUGUAUACCACCUCUACCCUCAUAGCAUCUUCACAACAACCCUGUGAUGUAGGCAGGGAUGCCAGAAGGGUUUGGUCCGCAGUUUGCCCCCUUUCUGCUUCCCCCACACCAUGCAUAAAUCAUAGGUUAGCUGUGAGUAGCCCAUGGCUCCCAAGAAGCUUCCUUGUUUUUUUUCCUGCUCCUCCUGUAGUGUUCGUAGCUCCUUUGAGAAUACACAUUGACAGUUUUCGGUCUCAUUCCAACAGGAGAUGAGCAGGUGAGUGAGAAUACAAAGAAACCUAUUCAGCCGGAAAGCUUCGCCCUGGGGAAGCAAGAAGAGAUGCAGUUGCAAAGGGGUGAAGAGACCCAGAGAAAGGGGGAGAGCUCUCGGACCUGCCACAGAGCCGACCGGCCUCAGAGAAAGCGUCUUGGAAAUCGAAAGGCCAAAGCCAUUCCUGCUCGGAAGAGCAAAGAGCAAACACAAAUCAAGAGCCGACCAAAGAAAAACUCUCCCCCUAAAGCCCCAAACAGAAGACGUGGAGUAGCAAACUCGGAAAAGUGCCCUGUCUGUGGGAAAACCUUUUGUAACAACACGUACCUUGUUAUACAUCAGCGGUCCCACACGGGAGAAAAGCCAUACAAGUGCUCGGAUUGUGGGAGAAUGUUCAGUUCGCCGUCAAACCUUCGCUCACACGAGAAAAUCCACACGGGAGAGAAGCCUCACUCAUGCGCAGAUUGCGGGAAAGGUUUCAUACACAAACGAAGCCUUCGUCAACACAGACGCGUCCACACCAGAGAGAAGCCACACGGGUGUUCCUACUGUGGGAAGAAAUUUAGCAGCAAAGCACACGUUGCUAGACAUGAAUACAUCCACAAAGAUGAGCGGCCGUUCCAAUGCUCAGAGUGUGGGAAAGGAUUCAGAGCGAAAGAGCACCUUAUAGUUCACAAGAGGACACACACAGGAGAGCAACCCUACAAAUGCUUGGACUGCGGCAGGAGCUUCAAUUGUUUGUCUAACUAUAUCAGGCACAAGAAAACUCACGGAGGAGAGAAACCGUAUAAUUGCUCAGAUUGCGGGAAAAGCUUCCGAAAUAAUUCAGAUCUUAAAUUGCACAGGAGAAUCCACACUGGCGAGAAACCUUAUCAGUGCUCAUUCUGUAGGAAAAGCUUUAGUUGCAGUUCGACCCUCGUAAAUCAUAAGAGAACCCACAGAGCGGAAAAAUCAUUUCCAUGCCCCGAAUGCGGCAAACGUUUAAGUCAGAAAUCGUGCCUUGCUAAGCAUUUGAGAAUGCAUAAGAAUAAAUGCUCAGACUGUGGGAGACUCUUCAGCAAAAGUUCAGCCCUUCAACAUCAUCACAGGAAAAGACAUUCAGGUAAGAAGCCGUACAGAUGUUUGCGCUGUGGGAAGAGCUAUGACCGCAGGUCAGCGCUGAUGAUUCAUGAGAGGAUUCACACAGGAGACAGACCUUACGUUUGCUUAGAGUGCGGGAAAGCCUUUAUACAGAAAUGUAAACUUGAGCGACACGAGCGAAUACACACAGGAGAGAAACCAUAUGAAUGCCCCCACUGUGAGAAGAGCUUCAGCGACAGAGGAAACCUUCUUCAACAUGUGAGAAUCCACGCGAGGAAGAAGCCCUACAGAAGAGGUUCCCGCAAGAUCACACGUCGUUGAGCACGAGAGAUCUCAUCCAGGAGAUACUUCCCAUGACUGUUCAGGAUGCGGGAGAAGCUUUUUGGCCAUAUUUCAUGCCGCCUUAAACGUUCAAGAACAACUGCAAAUAAGUUUUGAUGGAUAUAAUCGUGGAAAGCUGACUGGUAUCGUUUUUUUAAAAAUAUGCAGGGAUAUAAGAUAUGCAAAAUGAACCAUGGAAAGAGAAGAAAGGAAGACAUUGCUAUCUUAAGUAUGUAAAAUGUUUAUUUGAGAUUGUAAAAUGCAAAAUUUAAUAAAAAUCAUAUUUAAAAAUAGAGAGUUUAACCCUUUCUCUCCUGUAGGGCUGUCAUAUGUCUGGAUUUUCCUGGACGUGGGGUGUGUGUGUGUGUGUGUGUGUGUGUGUGUGUGUGUGUAUGGAUUUCCGAAAGGCGGUCCAAGGUUUGAUGGCUCAUAACACCUGAUUGGCUUUCUCAACACUCGUGCUCAUUGGCUAAAGCUACUGCAUAUCAACCUAGGCAAAUUGUGUUUCCUCUUUCUGGUUAUUUGGCUAUAACUAUUGGUAAAGGACCCCUGACAGUUAAGUCCAGCCGCAGACGACUCUGGGGUUGCGGCACUCAUUUUGCCUUACAGGCCGAGGGAGCCGGCGUUUGUCCACAGACAGUAUUUCUUGGUCAUGUGGCCAGCAUGACUAAGCCACUUAUGGCGCAACUGAACACCGAAACCAGACCAGCGCACGGAAACGCUGUUUACCUUCCACUGGAGCGGUACCUAUUUAUCUACUUGCAGUGGCAUGCUUUCAAACUGCUAGGUUGGCAGGAGCAGGGACCGAGCAACGGGAGCUCACCCCGUCGCGGGGAUUCGAACCGCUGACCUUCUGAUCAGCAAACACAAGAGGCUCAGUGGUUUAGACCACAGCGCCACCCGCGUCCCUUUUGAUAGAAUACAGAGUCUAUCUUUUGAUAGAAUACAGAUCAUUGAACAAACUUUGUUGCAUUACAUGUCUUCAUUAAAUUAUCUUUCCAUUGAUAUAUAAUUUUAUGGUAUUACCCCCCAAAAAGUGGUUUUAUGAGCAAUAAAACCUCAGAAAUACACUUAUUCCAAAAGGUUUCUACUAUUUUGACUACUAGUGUAUGCAUGUGGUUCUCCCUUUCCCCAUUUUAUCUUCACAGCAACCAUUUGAGGUAGGUUAAGACUGGGUUUGCUCAAAGCCACCCACUGAGCUUCAUGUCUUGGGGGGGUGUGGGGUGGGCUAGACCCCUGGCCUCCCAACAUUUAGGCCAACACUCAAAACGCUGGAGAGAUUUUUUAAGAAGUUCUUCUUUAGAAACCAGCAGAUAAAUCAUAGAAAAAUGAGGCAACUUUGUCAUGUUUUGGUGUAAUAAGACAGGGAUCUCCCUUUCUUUCCCUGUGUGUGUGUGUUUGUGUUUGUGUACGUACACACACAUAUAAACUCCAAAUUCCCAUCAGCCCCCAGUCAACAUAAAAGGGGCCUGGGGGUGAUAGGAGUUGCAGUCCAGCAAUAAAUGGAGGGCUGCAAUAUAAAACCAAGCCUUAUGAGGAAUGGUUGAAGGAGCUGGGUAUGUCUAGCCUGCGGAAGAGGAGACUGAGGGGAGAUAGGAGAGCCAUCUUCAAAUAUCUCAAGGGCUGCCACAUGGAAGAGGGAGCAUGCUUCUUUUCUCCUGCUCUGGAGGGUAGGACUCGAACCAGUGGCUUCAAGUUACAAGAGAGAAGAUUCCCGCUAAACAUUGGGAAGGACUUUCUAACAGUGAGAGCAGUUUGACAGUGGAAUGGUCUCCCUCAAGAGGUUAUGGAUUCUCCUUCCUUGGUGGCUUUUAAGCAGAGGUCAGAUAGCCACCUGUCAUGGAUGCAUUAGCUGAGAUUUCUGUAUUGCAGGUGGUUGGUCUAGAGGACCCUUGAGGUCCCUUCCAACUCUACAAUUCUAUGGUGCUAUUUUUUUAAAAAAAAAAUCAAUUGUGUAUUAUAUAAAAUACACAUAUAACUUCAUAUUUUUUAAAAAAUCAGUUUUUAUUGGAUCUUUUAACAAACAGCAACAGUGAUAGGGGUUAAGCCUGCUUGUAGCCCAUGCAGUCAAUGUCUGCCUCAGUUUGACACUGCAAAAAGACGACGGUAAUCCAAGCUUACAGGUGUAUUUCUCCAAAAAAGGUAAGUUUUUAAAAUAAAAAAUAUGAUUUUAUUUUGUUGUUGUUUAGUCGUGUCCGACUCUUCGUGACCCCAUGGACCAGAGCAUGCCAGGCACUCCUGUCUUCAUGAUUUUAUUAAAACUCAUGCAGAGAUGGGUGGUCCAACAAUACCAC